CGACUGAUGAUUAGAUAGCUUUAAAGAUAAAUACUUCUGGUUGUUCUCAUUGCAUAUCUAAAUAUUUCAGAAACCAGUCACCAAAUAAUACACGGACCUUCGAACCGGAAGCAAAUUUGUGGGGUCAUGGAAACUUUGAAAGGUUUUCUGUCGGAUGCACGCAUGUAAACAGAACCUCUUGUUUAGUUGGUGUAAGACCAACAACAGGUCAUGCAUGCCUCUCAAGGGGGUACGAAUUUGAAACAUUAGUAUUGCAGUAAAUUAUUGAGCAAAAAUGUCUAUGGAAGAUCCGUUUUUCGUCGUCAAAUGUGAGGUCCAGAAGGCGGUGAACACUGCCCAAGGGCUGUACCAGAGAUGGAGCGAGCUGCUACAGGAUCCCAGUGGUACUUCCAAGGAGGAGGUGGACUGGACCACCAAUGAGUUGAGAAACAGUCUGCGGUCCAUCGAAUGGGACCUGGAGGAUCUCGAUGAGACCAUCAGUAUUGUUGAAUCAAACCCUAAGAAGUUCAAUCUGGACACAGUGGAGCUGACAAAACGGAAAGGCUUCAUCACAAGCACUAGACAAACUGUUAAGGAAAUGAAAGACCACAUGUCCAGUCCAACAGCCUUAGCCAUGUCAGACAAGAAAAAUAGACAGGCUCUGUUAGGGAACAGUGGGUCUCAAGGCCCAAUCUGGCAACCAGGACCUGACAAAUACACCCGUCUGGACCAAGAGCUACGUACGGCCAACUCCAUGUUCAUUGAUGAGCAGCAAACCCAGCAGCAGCUCAUGGCAGAGCAGCAGGAUGACCAGCUGGAGCUGGUGUCUGGGACCAUCGGGGUGCUGAAGAACAUGUCUGAGAGGAUUGGUAUGGAGCUGGAUGAACAGACCGUGAUGCUGGAUGACUUCUCCAAUGAGAUGGAAGGUACCCACUCCAGACUAGACAAUGUCAUGAAGAAGCUGGCCAAGGUCUCCAAUAUGACCACCGGUCACUGAUGUAUGGAUGGUCAUUAAAGAUGAUAUAUGCUUUACUUGAGAGUGGCUUCCUGUUGAAGGGAAUGUCUGUGCAGACGACCUGGAGUCAUAAAGGGUCACGGCUGGAGAGGAAGGAAAAGUACCCCCCCACACCCCAUCAAAUGGUUGCACCACCUUAUAAGGAAACACCCUCAGGAAGCUUUCAACAGGAAGAACUCAGGAGACAGGGAGUCAAAUGAAAUCUGGCCGUUUUUUUGUCAGGAUAUCCUGCCGGUCCUUUCCCCCCAGCCCCUAGACAAUGUGCCUGCUGGUACUUUCCCCCCGGCCCCUAGACAAUGUUCUUAGGGUUUUAUAUAGUAUUAUUCCCCUGCUAUUUUUCCCCCCCCCUUUGCAACAUGCCACUCCAGUUGCAACUUUAAAAUAUGAUUGUUUCAGGUUGAAAGACAUGAUAGCCUUCAUAGAACAUAAAUUCCUCACAAUUGUAUGUAUUUGGACCUUUCAUGCCUUAAUAUGUCUGAAAUAAUUGUGUUUAUUUAUUUUUACAUUUUAAAAAAACUGACAGAUCAAUUGUUUGAUACAGUUCACCCUCCUCUCUUUCUCUCUUCCCUUCUCUUGCAGACCGCCGACAGUGGUGUGCUAUCGGCAUUCUACUGGCCAUUCUGUUUGUGGUCGUCAUGCUCCUCUUAAUCCUAUGAUGACUGUCCACCACCACAACAACACCCCUGUCUCCGUUUGACCAUAGGGAUGGACUUUACAUGGGGCUUGGGAAAACAUCAAGGUUUCCAUUGACAUAGGGAAAUGGCUAUCUACCCCAACCCUCUUUUUACUACAUACUGCUGAAUAUACAGCGAUUCUUCCGUAGCUGGUGCAAGUUUCUGCUCAAGCAACAUUCUCAGUUGUCAUUUUAGCACUAAACUUAAACCUUCAUUGGCAUCUCUAUGUAGGAUUUGGCCCUAUGUGAAUACUAGGCCACAAAAUAUUUUCCGGAAACCCAUUUGAGGUAAACCAGGGUGUAACCAGGGUCGUUGCAUACUCCUUGUGACAUUUUAGUGUUAAUAUUCAGAGAAUAAUGAAUGAAGAAGACUCCACUCCGCUUAUCUAAUCGUUAGUGUUUUUAUUGAAAGGGGCUUGUCUAUAGUUUCUCGCUGGAAAAACCCCUACGGCUACCUGAUGCACUGUUGGCAUAAAACGUUUAUAUGUAUAUAUCAAACUGUAUAUAUAAUCUUAAUUGAAACAAAACACUGGAGUUCCCUAACAAGGAAAAUAAUAUAUAUUGCUAAGCGGGUAUACAUAUCACUAACCACACUAAAAUGGUUCAACUUAAUGUGUUAUUAUAUAUUUUUCUUAAUCUAUGUUCUUUCUUUUUGUACUAUAUGUAUUUUGGGGUGUAGGCUUAUACACGAUCAACAUGUGUUUAACACUCGCCUGCAAGAUCAAGUCGCUGCCUGCAAUACUGAGCGUAGUGGAGCAUAUCCAUAGACAUCUGGAACAGGGCUCAAUCCUGAAUUUAUGUGUCUAACGUGAGCAGUCUUAUCUUGUACGUAAAGUGGCAUGCUCUAGAAGUCCUUCUACCACAUGUCUAUAUGUUUGGUAUCUUUCAGUCCGAAAACAUUUCACCAUGAGGGUCAUUCUAAAGACUACAUGCUUGUGAACAGUGUGUGACACACCCCUAGGUGUACUUGAAUCUAGCAUGUCAACAGAUCUAAGGUUGUUUAUCUCAGUGACUAAGGGUCAUGCAUUUGUUUUGGAAUGUGGUUAUGUGGUUUUUACAAGGCCUUUAUAGCAAAGGCUUGUGUUUAAAAAAAAAAAAACGCUAAUUGAGAAGCCUGACCUGUGUUGUGGUUUAUCAGUGUUACAGGAACCCUGUUGUAAUAAUGAUUAAUGGGGGAAAUCAUCUGACUGUCAUGCCUGGGUCGUAUUCAUUAGGGUACUCCGUAGCAAAACAUUUUGCAACAGACAAGUAAUGUUUAAUUUCAGUCAGCUUUCUUCUGUUUGGUGCUUAAUGAAUACAGCCCUGGGUGUUGCAAUAAGACAGACUGAGAACAGAGAUCUGCAUAGCCAGUGCUGUUUGCUGAUACUGUAGUAGGCUGAUGCUCUAUGUUAUGCUAGGGCUGGAAACUUCAUUUUGAUCUUGCUUCCCUGUACCUCGCCCCUACCUUGGGUUCCAGGAUAAAUCGUAAAUUGAGGUUUGAAUGAAUCUGCUCUGUGUGUUCCUAUACAGUUCAAGGAGAAUGAUACUGUUAUGUUAGUUAUCGUGGAAACCUGGUAACAGUUUGAUUUGAAUAGGCCUCAACUCAUUUGAGGACUUGAUAUGAACGUAAUACAUUAAUUGACUGUAUUUUAGGUUGUACUACCUCAAUCCACAAGUGACAGUAAAUCAAGACCGUCAAAUAAUGCAAUACACCAGAAUGAUCAUGUGAUAGAACUACUAUAUGAAAUAUAAUGGACACUAGUGAUCAAAUCUGAGUUCUGAAAACACUCCACAGUCUUCUUUCAAAGGUUUUAUGAAGUUACAAUAUUUCUUUCUAUGUCAAUUGUUUUUAUUAGUUGUUUAUUUAUUAUUUCAUGACGGUUAGUUAACACAAGUUUACUGUAAUAGGAAUACAGUAUUGCAUUUAUAGUGUAUAUGACAUCAUUAGGUAGAAAACAUUUACUAACUUUUCUUUUUCAAAUGGUCUCUUUUAAGCGUCCACACAUUUUCAGCAGUGUUAUAUCUGGUAGAAAGGGUGUGACUUGGUUGAAAAUAUUGGCAUUUAUUUCAGAUUAUGGAUAUUUUGAAAGCAUGACAAUGACCCAGACAAUGAUGUACCAUCUCAAAAUCACUUGUCAGUCACAAUUUUGAAUUUAUUGAAGUUGCAAGUAAUUGUGAUGCUGUAUUACGAUACAAAGUACCUUUAGUAUUAAAUACUGUACUUAAUGCACAGCAAAGUCACUGGUGAUUGGUGGAUGAGACCUAUUUGGUGUAUGUGAUAAUAAAUAGUACUGUUUGUGGAGAAUGGGUACAGUCUAUGACAUUGGAAGUCAUGAUUAGUGUUUGAUUGGGUGAAACAACUGUGUUCCUAUAGAGGAGGAGGUGGCGAAGCGAGAGGUUUCACUCUCCAAAAUCUGAUUUAAGCUUGUCGCCCGCCUUUGGGACAACAACUGCCAUUUUUAGGGCAGAGACAUAAGCAUGAUCUCGUCAUCAUAUACAGAUGUCUGGUGUUCCUCUUGUUUGUGUAGUCAUGCGUCUGGAGUGUAUAAAAAUGCUUUUUACCCUUGAACUUUGACCUCAUGUCAUCGUAUCAUGGCUGUGCAUCUGUCCUGAAAAUAAAACGGCAAGCAGGAUGCUGCGAAGAUUCA